GGAGGGAGCGAUGUGAGGCGGAGGGAGUGAUGUGUCCCGGCCUGUUUAGUCUCCUCCGCUUUUCCCGCGGUUUACAGCUUUAUUCCCUCAGAGAAACUUUACACUAUCCGAACCGGAGAACCGGGAUAAACCGAGAGGAACCGGGAGAACCGAGAGGAAUUAAGAGAUACAGAAGAACCGAGUCCCCGAACCAAGGAGAACCCGGGUGGAACCCGUUGAGGAGACCCGCUGGUUUGAGGUUCUGAUCCGGUAAAAGAGCGGAAUCAUGUCGGAGGUUCUGAAGUAUGAGGAGAACCGGGCUCCGUACGGAACCGGCGGAGAGGAGCAGAUCUCUCUGACCUGCCGCCUCCAGAACACCGGGAACUUCUACAGUCCCGCGCCCAACCAGCGGCCCCCCAAACUCGGCCAGAUCGGGAGGAGUAAACGCGUUGUUCUAGAAGAUGAUCAGAUUGAUGAAGUUCUGCAGAACACAGGGGAGAAGUCUCCGGCGGAGGCGUGAGAGCUCAGGACGCUUUUCUUCUGGAGAGUCGGAAACACAAACGUGCUUCAGAAGCACCGCGGUUCCUCUCGAUGUGAGGGUCACGUUCCACAGGAAAGCACACGCAGGAGAUCAUGGAGCAGGAUUCCUGAACGGGGGAAAGACCGGCAUCCGAAAGCUGAUUUUAUAAAAAAAAAAUUCUUUCUGCUUGCUGGGCAUGUUUUUAUAUCAUAUUUCAUUUUUUCCUUCCUAAGCUGAGAUCAUUCUAAUAGUGUUUAAUUAGAGGUGGGUGACCCAGAUCCAGAAAGUAAAAAUCCAUCCCAGGGUUUUUUUUACUUUCUGGGUCUUGGUUUUUCACUUCUGUAUUUAAUACUUGUGGAUUUGAUCUUUUAAUAGUAAAAAAAAAAAAGGUACCAUUUGUAUUGUGAGGAAUGCACUGAAAUCGCAAGCACAAAUCACAAGUCUACAGGUAACGUCACGUUUACUCGCACUGUUUUAACUCCGUCCUCCACAGGACUCUUGUGUUUUUCGGUAUUUUGCAGCACUAUAACGACUUUUUUGUGCACAGUAAGACUGAACAGUUUUGGUAACGUGUUUUUUAUUUUUCCUUCUUCAUUUUUGGAAAUAUGAUCAUUUCAGGUGCGUUGAUUUUUUCCGCAGUGCUGGAAGGAGGUGCAAAAGUUUUUUACAGACUGAAACUGAAGCUGAAAGCCUGAACUUUUUUUUUAAAAAUCUAACAUUUUUUGAUGUUGCUUAUCAAAAAUCGUAUUUUGUUGUCAUUGCUACAAACUGCCUGCUCAGCCGAAUAGCGCUGAAAUAGCUUAUUUUUGUAUGAGGGAGUGGUUUCCUGGGUCGUAGUCGUAGUCUGAGCACUUUUAAAAAACAUGGCCGUCACUUUCUGCUGUAAAGGAUAUGAUCACAUUUGUGCCAAAUAUUGCAAAAGUAUGCCAGUCAAGCUGUGUCUUCAUGCUCUGCGUACUGUGAAAUUCUGCAAGCCUGGCUUUCCUGUCCAUUUUCAGGGCAUUUAUUUAUGAAUUUAUUUAAUAAUUUAUUUAUUUAUUAAAAUGUUUUCUACCUGCUUUUGCAUGAGACGGGCUGAAGUGCCUCCCUCUGUGGCAAUGGAAACUGGUGUACUUUUACAGUAAUUCUUUUUGUUGUUUGCAACUUUUGGAAUGACAGACCUCAAACUAUCUUGGAUAUUACAUAUAUGAUCAAUGUUGCACUUAUUUUCACUGUUGAACAGGGCUAUACUGAUAAUGGGAAGUGUGACCAUUAAAAUGUGAAUUAAACAUCA